AUGCCAGGGGGUACUUUCCCGGGACCCCCGGUUCCCGGGAUCGAGGUUCCCAAGGUGCUUGGCGUGCGCGAGACCUUCCCGGCCCGGCCCAGUCAGGCUGUCCGGCCUGGGGCAGAUGGCCUGGUCUCGGUCUCGGUCUCGGUCCCGGCCCCGGUCCCGGUCCCGGUCCCGGUCCCAGGUGGCCGGCCGGCCGCCCAAUAG